GAAGGUGGAGCUUUCGUCAGUACCCAAUUGAAUCAGAUGAGAAGCAGGAGGCUGCUCCCCAGACUCCUCCCGCGCUUGCCCAAACCCACCGAUCUGUCCGCCCAAAUCCACCAACGAUCCAACCUUUCUGCUCAAUCCUGCCAUGAUGCUACGGAAUCCGGCGCCGCCGCCGACCCGGCCCGCGCGGUGUCGCUCCUGGCCGAGCGGAGCUGGUUCGAGCGGAUCAACUCGGAGUUCGCCGCCUCCCUUCUGCAGCUGGGCCCGCGCUUCGUCGUCCGCGCGCUGCAGCACGCCGCCGCGGAGCCGCUCCUCUGCGUGCGCCUCUACGUCUGGGCGUCGCGGUUCGGUCAGCACUUCGCGCGGGACCGGGCCGUGCGGCGCGCGCUCGGGGAUGCGCUGUGGCGGCGCGGGCCCGUGGUUCUCUCCGCGGCGCUGGUCGCCGAGGUGCAGGGGUGCGGAUGCGUGAUCUCUGAGGAGUUGCUGUGCGCGCUAGUGGAGAGCUGGGGCAGGCUCGGUCUGGCGCACUACGCGCGCGAGGUGUUCGUGCAAAUGCCGCGCCUGGGGCUUCGGCCCAGCACAAUGGUCUACAACGCGGUGAUUGCGGCCUCGGUGCGAGCCGGCGCCGUCGAUUCCGCAUACCUACUGUUCCAGCAGAUGCCCGCGGACGGGUGCCGCCCGGACUGUUUCACAUACAACGCACUCGUGCACGGUGUCUGCCGGCGUGGGAUUGUCGAUGAGGCGCUAAGGCUGGUAAAGCAGAUGGAGGGCGCGGGUAUCAGACCGAAUGUUUUCACCUACACAAUGCUGGUCGAUGGUUUCUGCAACGCUGGCAGGCCGGAGGAUGCAGUUGGUGUGUUGGAGAAGAUGAAGGAGAAGGGUGUGGCACCGACAGAGGCCACGUACAGAACACUGGUUCAUGGUGUGUUUCGUUCCCUGGGUACAGACAAGGCAUACAGGACAUUGAGUAAGUGGAUUGAGAGUCAUCCUGCUAUGCAUCAUCGAAAUGCUUUUGACACUUUGCUGUAUUGUCUCUCGAAGAACAACAUGGCCAAAGAGGCAGUUGAGCUUGUGCAUAAGAUGAGCAGUAGGGGUUAUCUUCUUGGCAACACAACGUUUGGGAUUGUGAUCUCUUGUGCUCUGAAGCGCUUGGAGUUCAGUCAUGUAUGUCAGUUGGUUGAUGAUUUCAUCGAGAAAGGUGGGAAGCUGGGAUUUGAUGUAUAUAUUCUGAUGAUCAAGUCCUUGCUGAGCUCCAAGGACAUCUCAAAGGUGCAUGAGUAUUUAAGUCAAAUGGUUUUGCAUAGGCUUUUUUCUAGUGUGACAUCCUACAACAUGGUGAUAGAUUGCCUCUCUAAGGCUGGUGAAAUGGUAAUGGCAAUGGAGAUUGUCAAAGUGAUGCAAGAGUCAGGUUUCCUUCCUAAUCUCGUGACUUUUAACACGCUGAUAAGUGGAUAUUCAAAAUUAGGUAAUGUACAUGAUGCAAAGGCUGUUUUGAAGAUGCUUACGGAACUUGGAUUCAUGCCAGAUAUCAUUACUUUUACCUCCCUUAUUGAUGGGCUAUGUCACACCCAUCAGCUGGAUGAUGCCUUUGAUUGCUUCAGUGAGAUGCCGAAGUGGGGUGUUAGGCCGAAUGUCCAGACUUACAAUGUUCUAAUACGUGCAUUUUGUUCAGCAGGGCAUGUUAACAAGGCCAUCCAUCUUCUUAAUAAAAUGAAAAUGGAUGGCAUUUCUCCAGAUGCAUAUUCCUUCAAUGCACCUAUUUUGAGUUUCUGCAGGAUGAGAAAAAUAGAUAAAGCUCACAAACUUUUCACUGCCAUGUUAAGAUAUGGUGUUGCGCCAGACAGUUACACAUACAAUACCCUGAUAAAAGCUCUAUGUGAUGAAAGAAGAGUUGAUGAAGCUAAGGAAAUUCUUCUUGCGAUGGAGUCAAGUUCCUGCAUUGCUGCUAAUCAACAUACAUAUUGGCCAGUUGUUGGCGCACUUACUAAAAUGGGCCAUUUCAAUGAGGCGGGAGAGUUCAUGAAUAAGUUCCAUAGAAGAAAUGCACACUUAGGCUCCAGUGCUUAUUUGAGGGCAGGGUCGGAAAUUUUGGUUCAGACUGUCAAUGUGUGAAUUAUGAUUUAUCAGCUGCAUGCUAUUUGAUACAUGAAUGCUGCCCUUCUGCACUGAAAGUGCAGAGUAUACUCAUCUUUGCUAAGUGGCCUUGCAUUUUCAUCAGAAGUGUUGAUUCCAAGAGAAGCAUCUGGACCUUCUAAGUGCCUUGAAAAAUUGGGCUCACUGGCACGACUGCAUUUUAAGUAUUCUGCGGAUUUGCAGUUUUCCCUUAGAAAACCUGUUCAGGACAAUGUGUGAACUAUGAACAGUCAAAACCAAAAGGGAGUAAAAAAGGGGGAAAUUUGUAUCAGGAAAUAGUCAUCUUGUGGAUAUACAUGAAUCACAAUGUCUAUUUGGUGUUUGGUAGUGGUAGUACUGCCUAAGUAAACUUGGAACACCAUGUGCUAUAUUUCGGUGAACUGUUGGAGCCUAGAGCUUGUUAUCCUGCAAAUCGGAUCUCCAAGCACUCUGCUAGUCGAUGCAGUAAAAGCAUCCUAAGAAGAUCAGUUCUGUAUUUCCUCCCUUCCUUUGGAAUGACAAUCUGCCAUCUUGGAGUUUGGUCAUUCACCAUUAAGGCGGUAAAGUUGUUCAUGUGUUGCAUAUAGUUCGACAGUAUAGCAGUUGUCAUCUUCUUGUGCCACCUAUUCAUUGUUGUGAUGUGCUGGGACUUCCUACUGACUGAUCUUUUCUCUAUCUUUCCUUAUUUGUUUUCUUGUUUUUACAGGGCAGCCAACCUCUGUAAGGUGCCACCCUUAGGCUAAACAAGCAGCAUCAUGCAAAUGCUAACAACGGGGGUGCUCUCCUUUGCUGAGGAGGACAGUCGCAGGGGAGCUGUUGGCCGUCAGUGGUGCAAUCUUUUCUUUACAAUAGCUCAACCAAAUGGUGAUAUAGGGAGACAAAAGUUUUAAGACGCGAAUAUGCAUUUUCAGAGUUGAAGGACCUAGACGAUCUUCUGGUGAAAUCUAUGAAGUAUGCUUCAUUUCUUCUCGAACGAAUCCCUGGAAGUCCUCGCCACUGGACACACCUCCCUAUCGCGAUCGAGAUAGCUUAUCAGCACCCGACGACCCCCUCGUCGCUGUCGAUUGCCGUUGCGUCAAGGGAUUGGAAUAAGCCUAGAACAAAAUUGAAACGGUCGGCGACCAUUGGAGCCUUCGCUGUCAGGAUGAGGUCUCAGCGGCCUCCGUCGCGAGGAAACUGCCACGAAGGAGACGACGCUUGCCGCUUACAGCCUCGCUUACUCCUUCUGCGUAGGCUCGGGUCCCACGCACCUCCAUGGCCACGACCGUAUCGCUUGUUUCAUCGAUCCUCUGAAUUCUGGAUGGUCGGGUCAGCAGAACACGUGAGGAUUUGCGAAAAGUCACGCGCUUCUUCAUCGGUUUUCUCAGGUCGAAAACGACGCCCGCUGUCGCAGCUCGUCUCUCAGGAACUUUCUUCUCGUCGGUUCUCGGCCGUUCGAUCGAUGGGUUGGAUUUGGUGGCAGGGAAGGGCAGGUUCAUGCACCCAGAGGCCGCGCAGCCCUGCCCGGCCGCGACACUUUGCGAGCGACAUGCGCUGCGUCCGAUCGAGCCGAGGGGUUCUGAAUUCUGGAAGGAAACGGUUCUGAGAUCAUGUCUGAAUGCCCGCACCACGACAGAACUACUGAUAGCAGACAGUGAGAUGAACCGGGUUCGAUGGUGUGAAAGGGGCCUUUGCCGGAUGGCCGCACACGCACGAGCGAUUGAUGGGGAGACGAGACGAUGCUACUGGUGUGCAACUACCACCCGUUUUUUAUAGAAAAUAGAAAAUUUCGGUAAACAGAUUGCUUCCUCGCUCUUUCUUUUUCUUUUUGGUCACGAC